AUCUGUCAUUCUUUUGCAGUGGUUUCGCACCCGAUUGAUCUUGCUUUCAGUUUUCAUCCUCUUAGAAUUUCUGAAGAUGAACAGAACGGCAAUUACCUUCGUGGAGAAGCCGGUUUCCAAGCCCCCAGUUUCAUCGGAUGCUCCAGGAUGUGAUUAUGAUGUGUUCUUAAGCUUCAGAGGUCCAGACUCUCGCAAGGGCUUCACGAGCCACUUAUACCAGCGACUUCAUGAAGCGCGAGUUCGCGUGUUCAGAGAUGAUGACGAACUCCCUCUAGGAGAGGAGAUCGGCCCCGAGCUUCUCCGGGCCAUCAACAAUAGUAAGAUCUCGAUCCCAGUUCUUUCGGAAUGUUAUGCUUCCAGUAAAUGGUGCCUUCGUGAGCUCGUUCAGAUGCUCAAGUGCAAGAAAGAGAUGAAACAAGUGAUCUUGCCCAUAUUCUAUAAAGUUGAACCCUCAGAUGUGAAAUGGCUCAAAGGAACCUUUGGAGAUGUCUUCAAUUCAUACAAGAAACGUUUCGAGGAAAGCAUUGUCCAGGAAUGGAGACAAGCACUAAAAGAAGUUGGAUCCUUGAAAGGAUUGGUAUCCGAAAAUAUUGCUAAUGGGAAUGAGGCAGAACUCAUAAAAAUCGUUGUUGUAAAGGUUUUGAGCGAGUUAAAGAAUGCUUUUAAGUUAGUGAACCCUACACACCUGGUCGGAGUGGACAUUCAUGUAAAACAAAUUAUGACUAUAGUAGAUACUAAAUUUGGAGAUACUCGAAUACUUGGAAUUCAUGGAAUGGGUGGUGCGGGUAAAACAACUCUGGCCAAGGUCAUCUACAAUGAACUGUGGAGCCAAUUUGAGUGCCAUGGAUUCUUAGCAGAUAUCCGAGAAACAGAAUCACGUGAGGGAAUUGUGCACUUGCAGAAGGAACUGAUCUCUGAAGUUCUUAAAGGAAGCCCCCACGAAGUUUCUAACAGAGACCACGGAAUCAAUAUCAUCAGUUCCAGAUUUGGAGGCAAAAGAGUUCUCAUUCUUCUUGAUGAUGUGAGUGACAAAGAUCAGUUAGAGGCACUCGUGGGAAAGCAUGAGUUGUUUGGUUCUGGAAGUAGGAUCAUUAUUACAACCAGAGAUAAGGCUAUUCUUAAUCAGUUUGGGACGUCAUACUGGGCAUAUGAACUUAUGGGAUUGGAUGACGAAAAUUCUACGGUUCUAUUUUGUAGACAUGCAUUUCAACGUGACUUCCCCCCUCCAACCUUCGAGGGUCUUUGUCGUGAUAUUGUCUCAACUACUGGGCAGUUCCCAUUGGCUCUUGAGGUUAUUGGGUCACUCUUGUGCGACAAAAGUGAAGCAGCGUGGAAAGACACAUUAAAGAAGUUGAGAGAAGUGCCUUCUGAGAAGGUUGAAGAGAAGCUGAAGAUAAGUUAUGAUGCACUGACCGAUGAUGUGAAGCAAAUAUAUCUCGACAUUGCAUGUUUUUUCAAUGGAACAGAUCCAAGACUUCCGAUUUAUAUGUGGGAUGACUGUGGCUUCUCUCCAAACUUGGGACUAGAAGUGUUGAGUCUCAUGUCCUUGGUUAAAAUUGUCCAUGGCAAUAGGGGAAAUAGGCUAUGGAUGCAUGAUCAAUCGCGAGAUCUUGGUAGAAGAAUUGUUUUUAAGGAAAACUCUGUUAAACCAAGUGAACGCAGUAGAUUAUGGAUUCAUGAGGAAGCUUUGAAAGUGCUAGAGAGGAAUGAGGGAACGGAUCAGAUCGAGGCUCUCCAUCUUAAGUAUUUUCCUUCGCUUUCUGAACCAUACUGCUUAACAAAUGAGCAGUUUAGAAAACUGCCGAACUUAAGGUACCUUCGUAUCCAGCAGGCAGAAGUCACGGGAGAUUUCAAGGACCUUCUUCCUAAAUUAAGAUGGCUUGAUUGGAUGGCCUGUGCAACGUCUUUUUUCCCUACAAACUUUCAUCCAGAGAACUUGGUUAUUCUUAAUGUAAGAGUCAGCGGUCUCACAGAACACUGGGACGCAUGGCACCGUGUGAAUGGAUUACAGAAGCUCAAAGUUCUACGGCUUCUGCACUGCAAUAAGUUGAUUGAAACUCCUGACUUCUCAGCUCUCCAGAAUCUUGAGAUUUUGAAUCUUGAAUAUUGUCUUAAUCUGGUCAAAAUUCAUCCUUCUAUCAGGAAUAUCAGGAACCUCGUAUCCUUAAGUUUGAGGGGAUGUGAGAAACUCAAGGAGCUACCUAAAGAAAUGGGGGGACUAACAAACUUGAGGGAGCUUCUUAUUGAUGGUAGUUCCAUAAAAGAGAUUCCCAUGGCCAUAGGUCGCAUGAGGAAGCUUGAGAUUGUUUCUGCUCGUUAUUGUAGAUCACUGGUACGAAUUGACAGCUCUAUAGGAUCCCUCCGGAACUUGCAUAGCUUGUCGCUAGAGCAAUGCCACUCAUUGAAAACACUUCCCGACUCCAUUGGAAAGUUGACAUCUUUAACCCGACUGUGUUUAUCAAAAUCGGGUGUCAAGGAACUGCCCCACUCCAUCGGAGAUCUACACAAUUUGAAAGUUCUGCUCAUGACUCAUAUUUUCUUAGAAAGUUUACCUAGAACCAUUGGAAGGUUGAAGAAGCUUGAAGAGUUAGAUGCCUCAGAGUGUAAAUCUCUGCAAGGAGAAAUCCCUAGUGAGGUAGGGGAUUUAUCUUCACUGCGAGUCCUUCGGUUAGAAAAGACAUGCAUUUCCGGUUUGCCCAAAAGCCUUCACCAGUUAUCAUGUCUCCAAGAGCUUGAUUUAGGGCAAUGCAAAGAGCUACAAUCUCUGCCAGAGCUUCCCUCGAGCUUAACUAGUCUACAUCUCGUCUGUCCGACAAUCCCAGAUAUUGCCAACCUAAUCAAUCUAACACAGUUGUCGAUGAAAGUCGAGGAUUUGGGUGCCUUAACUACGAUGAAGACCUUCUCCCAACUUGCUGAAUUCCAUAUCGAACUUCAUGAGAAAAUUGAAUGGCUCCCAGAUCUUCCCUCAAGUCUAUUGAAGCUUGAAGUUGACCAAGGUCCAAAUUUGGAGAGAUUUCCAGAUUUGUCAAAUUUGAAACGCUUAACAGAAUUGCAUCUCCACGGUUGCUGUGAAUUAACAGAAAUCAAAGGGCUUGAAGAACUUGUGUGCCUAACUGCUUUGACAGCAUUAUCUUGUGAAAAGCUAUAUAAGCUUGAGGGCCUUGGACGUUUAGUCUCAUUAAGAUCAAUCAUCAUACGGGGUUGUACAGCAUUAGAAACAUUACCGGAUCUUUCAAACUUGAAAUUUCUAAAGAAUUUUGAUGCUGCAGCUUGUGGGAAUCUGGUUGGAAUUCAAGGACUUGAUAGAUGGGAAUACUUGGAAGAACUAGACAUCUCUGUGUGUAAUUCCAUUGAGAGUUUACCGGACUUUUCUAACUUAAAGGGUCUGAAGAAAAUAACUGCUGGAAGUUGCCCAAAGCUAGUUGAAAUAACAGGCCUUUAUAAUGCUGAACACUUGGAAGAAUUGAAUCUCUCUGACUGUAGUUCUUUGGAAAGAUUACCAGACCUACCAUGCUCCGGAACCUUGAAAUAUCUGUGCAUCAAUGGCUGUGAGAAGAUCCGUGAUAUCCAAGCACUUGAGGAAUUCUCUUCAUGCAAAACAUUAUACAUUGAAGAGUGCAAGUCAAUUGUAAACCUUCCGGAUCUUUCGGAAUUUGAAGAUUUAGAACACUUGACACUGAAGAAAUGUCCGGAACUUGUGGAGGUUCCAGGGCUUGACGGAGCGAGAUAGUUAAAAUCUAUUAACAUUUCAUGGUGCGAGAUGCUUGAGAACUUACCAGAUUUGUCAGGUUUAGAACUCUUGGAAGACCUAAGAGUACGACAUUGUGGGAAACUAAUGGAGCUCCAGGGGCUUGGAGGCUUGAGAUUCUUAAGCAUAGUGGAUUUCUCUGGAUGCAACUUGCUGAAACCCCCGGAAUUACCUAGCAGAACACGCCAAGUAUGUUCAUUGGGCAAUCUAUUUGAUUACAACAAUCCAGGCCCGAUUGUUUUGAGGUGAUAUGGAAGUUACAACUGUCUUUUUGCUUCUGAACCACAACCUGACCUUUUUCCCCUGUUCAACGUUAAGAACUGAAUUCUAUUUUGAGUUACCAUUCACCGUCGCUUUGUUCUUGGCGACCACAAAAUACUCCUCUGUCUUUUCCCAUCACGAACAUAGUGAUGUUCUAUCUUCUUCGCCAUGUGAUUUGACCAGCUGUAGUUUUUUGUUCCCUUCAUUUGGCCGGGUCAUGUGACCAGCUGCAGUUUACUUGUUUUCUAUUAUGUCUGUAUGACUUGCAACAAUCAGUUCCAAAGACCAAGUCUCAAGUCUGCUUCAUUGAUCAGUAACCCAUGCAUCAGCAACUAUUGCAUUGAAUCUUGUUUUUCUG